AUGACAGAGCCUACAGCCGCUGAGACCGCCGCCGCAACGGCCAAGGAAGCCAAGGAGCAAGCCGCUCUCCCUUACAAGUGGACUCAGACCAUCUCUGAGCUCGAUGCUACCUUUGACGUACCCGGAAACCUCAAGUCGAGGGAUCUUGUCAUUACUAUCAAGAAGCAGAGCCUACAGGCGGGUAUCAAGGGUCAGGAUCCAAUUAUCCAGGGCGACCUUCCCCAUGCGAUCCACGUCGACGACUCGACCUGGACACUCAGCACCAACUCAGACGGCACCAAGACUGUCGAGAUCCACCUCGACAAGGUGAACAAAAUGGAGUGGUGGGCUCACGUCGUCACCUCUGCGCCCAAGAUCGACGUUUCCAAGAUCCAGCCUGACAACUCCAAGCUGUCUGAUCUCGACGGCGAGACCCGCGGCAUGGUCGAGAAGAUGAUGUUCGACCAGCAGCAGAAGGAGAAGGGCCUGCCCAGCUCGGAUGAGCAGAACAAGGCAGACAUUCUCAAGAAGUUCCAGGCCCAGCAUCCCGAGAUGGAUUUCAGCAAGGCCAAAAUCAACUAA